AUGGAGACCACGGAGACCAUGGAGGCCACAGGGACCAUGGAGGCUACAGAAACCAAGGACACCGAACGCUUAAUGCCAAAUGAGCUCUCUACCUGCGAUUCCUUUACAUGCCAUUCCAACCCAAAGAGCACCACGGACCAAAAAUGCGAAUUUGACGAUCGACUGCAUCAGCACCGAGAACUAAUUCAGGAGCUCACUGCCCAUCAUUUCGGACUCCACGCUCGAAUGUGUCACAUGGCGGAGCAGAAAGAGUGGAUUUACGACGAUUACGAUGUCGGUAUUCCCGUCGCUAUUGACCCAUGGGAGGCGGAAGAGCAGGCCACAAAGAGGGUGAUUGUGCGAUUCCCGCUACCGUACAAAGUUGGUGAGCUCUUUCGACCAGGAAAUGCCGAUGAGAAAAUUCGGUGCGAAGCUGGCACCACCGCGUGGAUUCAACAAAAUUGUCCAUCAGUGCCGAUACCCCGUCUCCAUGGGUUUGGUCUGUCGACAGGUCAAAUGUUUUCCUCGGUCAAGAAUCUCCCCUUCAUCCAUCGCACGGUGCAAUAUCUCCGUAGUCAAGUCCUCGCGUCACUGGGCUAUGGCACCCCUUCUGGAUACGUCCGUCACCAAGGGCCCAGCUUGGUCACCCUGGGUUCCGGUUAUCUGGUGACUGACCAUAUCGAGGAGACACAAUCCAGAUGCCUCCGCUGCCCCUUCAUGCCCUACGAGGAUGUACCGGAGGAGCGACGCCGGAAUCUUUUCCAAGGAAUAUCUCGAGUGAUGCUGGAUCUUGCGCAGGUGUCUUUGCCGCGUAUCGGGUCGUUCAGUAUCGACGACAAAGGAUUUGUGUCUCUGGUCAAUCGUCCCCUCACUUUUGAGAUCUAUGACAUGGAGAAUGACAAGAUCCCAGUUGAUAUUCCUCGAGACUUGACUUACGACUCGGUGGACGCCUAUGUCAGCGACAUGCUCACAUGUAUCCAUGACAGUCGCUUACGCCAUCAGACCCAUGGCCUCAUCCUUUAUGAAUGUGAGCAGCAGAUGUCAACCUUGGCUGCCAUGAGAGCGGUGUCAAGCCUUUUUUUUUCGGCGUGA